AUGGAUUCUACGUGGGUUGGCAUGAAUAAGAUAUUUGGUAUACAGAGGUCGAAGGUCCGGUUCCAAAUAACCCUUACUUCUGACCCAAACUUGCCAUUCAAAAUUCUUGAUGUGCCCGACUCGACACCAUUUACAGCAGUACUGAAAUUCGUUGCUGAAGAGUUUAACGUGCCACCGGCAACCAGUGCCAUAAUUACCGACGAUGGAAUAGGAAUAAACCCCAACCAGAAUGCUGGUGAAGUUUUUUUGAAGCACGGUGGAAACCUGAGGCUCAUUCCCCGAGACCGCGUCGGACAUUUCUGA